UUCCUUGAGRCUAGUGGCUGGCAGUGGGAGAUGAAAGGAGAUGGAUUUUGGUCAACAUUCCGCACAUUUUGUCAUUGAUGAAACAUUUGAUCUCAAUAGAGUUUUCUGUUCAUAAUACUAAAAUCUGCUAUGACCAGAGUGGACUAAGUUUUAUAGACUUUACGUUUUGUCAAAGUUGUAAAAUAUUGCGUUGUUUAGAAGGAGUGCAAAGGCGAAUUGAGUUAUUGCACACGCRUACUCAACAGAGUAGGCGUUCACUAACGGAAAUAUGUAGAUACAGCUCGAACGAGCCAAUAGGAACUUGCUAACUCGUGCUUGGCUCUGUCCAUCUCUUUGCUUGUUCUGCCCACUAUGACUAAUUUGUUCCCUUGGAAAAGACGGGCUGUGGUCUAUUUGGGUUUAGUUACACAAAUCUUUGAUGUAACGAUAGCGCAGUGCCUUUGAGGACACGAAAGUGGUUACAGUUUAACAGGAUUUAACGCGUUUUCCUAUGCUAAAGUUGGUCCCUUGUCGCCACCGGUAGGACACUGAGGGGCGGUACCAUAAUGGUUCCAGUAGUGAAGCUGGCGGCGAUCUCUGCAGCAAUGGGAAUGGCCUCGUUUCAAGUUUAUGCCAUGAGUGAGGACAAAACAGAAACRGUGCGGCUCUCCCCUAGAGAGUUGUCCAUCUAUGCUCCAGACCCUCCAGCAACACACUACAUGGAUGAGCAGCCUGGAGAUCUGCAGAGUGGGCUGGGUGUGGUCCGAGUGGGGCUGCUGCCAUAUGUUAGAGCCGUUAAGAAUGCUUAUACCUCUGUCAAGGUUGGAGCUGUAACAGUCUAUACUGCUGGACACGAUACAUAUGAGUUCCUGAGAGAUCCUCCUCCUGGUUUCUUCCCGAGGGUCAGUGUGAUCACAGUCUCUGGGUUAGCUGGUCUGAUCCUGGCAAGGAAAGGGCCACAUCUGAUGAUGUUGGGGGUUCCUCUGGGUAUGGCCACUGUUGGGAUGGCAGUGUGCUACCCCACUCAGACAGUGGCUGUUGUAAAGAUGACUGGGCAGAAGAUGUAUGCAGCCAACCAGUACACCACCUCAUAUGUGGCAUCAACCUUUAAAUCAAAGCCCAAAGAAGUAACUCCCCCAACUGUCAGUCUUGAGAAGCAGCAAGCCCCACCAGCUCCAAUCCCUGAGACAGAAAUACCUAAGGCAAAGCCCCUCCCUGAAGCUGGAUCAUCGGAACCAGUCAUGCCUGCUGUUGACGAGGCUCCUCCCUCUGAACCUGGCUGUGCCCCAGUCCCCAUAGAAGAGUCUGUUGAGACUGCCCCUGUGCCUUCUGUUGAGACUGCCCCUGUGCCUUCUGUUGAGACUGCCCCUGUGCCUUCUGUUGAGACGGCCCCUGUGCCUUCUGUUGAGACMGCCCCUGUGCCUUCUGUUGAGACMGCCCCUGUGCCUUCUGUUGAGACGGCCCCUGUCGAGGAGCCUGCCCCUGCACCUCCUGCUGAAGAGAUUCCUCCACCUGCCCCUGUUGAGGAGGAAGCUGCUUCUGCACCCCCUGCAGCUGAAGAGGCUGUCCCUGCACCUGUAGAGGAGGUUGCUGCCCCACCUCCUACAGCUGAAGAGACGGCAUCUGCUCCUGUUGAGGAGGCUGCUCCUCCAGCUCCAACAGAGGAGCCAUCUGUGAUUGUAAUAGUAACUGAUGGGAAACCCAAAUUUGCACCCGACCCCAAGCUAGUUGACCUGGGCCAGGUCAGCCCUGAGGAUGAAGACCUGUACAACAUGCGUGGAUGAAGAACGACAGGAGGAAAAGGAGAAGAGGAGCUUGCAGUUUACAUAGACACCCACAGGGAGCAGGGUGCAGGCCAUCAUCUGCAUCCACCAGAACAAACAGCCAUCUUUACACUCUUCUUCCAGGGCCACAACACAAGGUUUCCUUACCAGCGCUUACACGGAGUGUACAAAACAUUAAGAACACCCUUUGCCCUCAGAACAGCCUCAAUUUGUGGAGUCCACAAAUUAUGUUACUAACCAAACUGGACCAUUACACUAAAUAUAUAUAUAUUUUUACUAGGGACUUUACUUGGGUCACUGCUAUGCUGUCACUUUUUUUGUCAGCCACAUUCAUGUGGUGAAUGCCUGUUUUUAGUCCGGUCAGUCUAUGCAAAUAUUUUCCAUGUGGCAUUUUGUAAACGAGUGAGCCGUUUUAACACAUAUCCAUGUUUUAUAGCAUUUGUAAGACUUUAUAGAACUACUGAGUUGAACCUUUUUGUAAAAACCCAAUGUUUAUGGAUGUGUGCAGCUCUUGCACAAGUUAGAAACUCACAAAUAAGCCCACAUAGAGGCACCUGGAGGUCAUGUUACAUUAUGAACUGGCCAGUUUGAUAUGUGUGUUUGGAUCAUUGGAAUAAUGUCCUUGUACUUGAUGUCAGUUAGUAUUUUCAAAAGGAAAUGUUUCAAACAGUUUUGUUUGUAUUUUAAUAGAACUGUCAACAUAUUUAAACUUUAUAUAUAUACAUGGCUAUUUUACAGUACAGCCAAGAGGACAUAUUUUACAUGUUUUAUCACUCCCUCUUUUUUCUUUUUUUAUAAAUGAAAAUCACUUCACYAAUUGACUGCCUUCAAUUUGAAAUCACCAAUCCCUGAUCUUCACAAUGAUAAUCAUGUUUCAGAUGUGUGUUCUUUUGUGCAAUAGAAUUGCCAAAUAGGGAAUAAAGGCAUUUUCCUUCA